GUGGGAACUCGGCACAGGCCGUUGGAUGAGUGAGUCGCGCUAUCAUUGCAUAUGCUUCUGCCGGGUCGUGCGGCAGGUGAUUUGAAAAUGCACCUCGAGCAAAGUGACAACGUCAUUAUUGUCGUGCAAGAGUGCAAACACUGCGCUCCGGCAUAAACAAAAGCUGCACACGCGCGCCUCAAGUGCUUCUUCCUCCCAUCCACCACACCUGAGCAGCAUUCCACACUUUCGCCGCAGCUGUCGACCACCACAGCAGCAAUCAUGUCCAACGACGCUCUGAACGUCAACGGCGCCAACGUCAAUGGCGGCCGCACCGCCGAGAUUGCACUCACUGUGCGCGGUUCCGACUGGUACUGGGCCGUCUGCGCUGUCAUGACUGUCUCGACGUUCGCCUUCUUGGGACUCGGAAUGAGGAAGCCACGCCAUGAUCGCAUCUUCCACUACAUUACCGCCAGUGUCACCAUGGUGGCUGCCAUCGCCUACUUCUCCAUGGGCUCACAUUUGGGAUGGACACCCAUCGACGUCGAGUUCGAGCGCAGCGAUCCCCGCGUUGCAGGCGUGGCUCGUGAGAUCUACUACGUUCGCUACAUCGACUGGUUCAUCACCACGCCCCUUCUGCUCACCGACCUGAUGUUGACUGCUGCGAUGCCAUGGCCCACAACUGCCUUUGUGGUCCUGGUCGACGAAGUCAUGAUUGUCACUGGUCUUGUGGGAGCACUUGUCUCUUCCAGCUACAAGUGGGGCUAUUUCGUGUUCGGAUGCGUUGCGCUUGCCUACAUUGUCUACGUCCUUGUUUGGGAGGCACGCAAGCACGCCAACGGCAUUAGCUCCGAUGCUGGCAAGGCUUUCCUCUACUGCGGCUCUUUGACCGCAUUCUUGUGGAUCCUCUACCCGAUUGCAUGGGGCGUGUGUGAGGGCGGAAACGUGAUCGCCGUCGAUUCCGAGGCCAUCUUCUACGGCAUCCUCGAUCUCCUCGCCAAACCUGUCUUUGGCGCUCUCCUCAUCUGGGGUCACCGCAACAUCACCCCUGCGCAGCUCGGACUUACCAUCCACGAUUACGGUGGAGACGACCCAGUCGUUCACCACGAGAAGACUGGAGCCAAUCACGGACACACUGGACAUCCUGGUGACAACCCAGUUCUCAACAACGGAACCAAUGGUCACACCAAUGGCCACACCAAUGGCAACGCUGUUUAAGAUGAGAGCACCUUUCAAAACAUCGCUCCCUGGCUCGACAGGACAAGGGGAAAAGAGCUGAGGUCCACAGGAGACGACUUGACAUGAUGCGUUGCCUGGCGCUGUGUUUGCUGCGUAACAGUUACCCAGAACGCGUUUGCAACGACGAUGAAAUGAUACUACGCAGCUGAUGAUCAGUUCGUAAUGAUAGUUAGCUGUGCAGUCAGCUUAGUCUAUACUGCUUAAUAACCGCAAAUGAUACCACUCAUCUUUGGUUGAAGCUUUUCUGGCCCCUUUCUGUCUCGCCC